UCAAAAAUCAUCGGUGACGUAAAAUAUAACCUUCAAUUUCUAAACAACGGCGAGUUUACACUUUCGUAAUUUCGGUGAUUUUGACUGAAAAAUAUUAAAAGUCCUCCCUGAAUUUUCAUCAAAAAAAUUCAUUGUUCGCAAUCAGUAUGGCGUUAUUCGGCGUCCGACACAUUAUCAGGUGCAACCAAGUAUUUUCCGCACAAAACCUCACAAAAGUACUGAAUAACAGAAGUACACCGCUGGCGGCUGUGGCAUUACGCUGGAAUAAUACCGUCCCAGAUGAGAAAAAAGCAGACCAGGCAGCAUCGGCACCACCUCCACCCACAACAGAAAAACCUAAUGAAGAACUGGAAAAACUGAACAGUGAAAUUGCAUCAUUGACAGAAAAAAAUUCAGAGUUGAUGGAUAAAUAUAAACGAGCAUUGGCUGAUGGUGAAAAUCUACGCAAUCGACUAACGAAACAAAUUGCCGAAGCGAAACAGUACGGAAUUCAAGGUUUUUGUAAGGAUUUACUCGACGUCGCCGAUGUUUUAAACCGCGCCACCGAAAGCGUGCCCAAAGAAGAGCUAUGCGAUAAAAACCCGCACCUUAAGAGUCUCUACGAAGGGCUGGUAAUGACCGAAGCGCAGCUACAAUCAGUGUUCAAACGCCAUGGCCUAGAGAAAGUAAAUCCGCUCAAUGAGAAGUUUAAUCCGAACUUCCACGAAGCACUAUUCCAGCAGGAAGUUGAGGGUAAAGAAGCUGGUACCGUUGUAGUUGUAUCAAAGAUUGGAUAUAAACUACACGAUCGUGUUAUUCGACCAGCGCUCGUCGGCGUGUCAAAAUAAUCGGUGUUUUUCUAUCUUCUCGCGAACAUUUCAUAUAUUGUACAUAAAAGAAACUGAAAUGGUUGAAUUGUGUGUUGUUACUGCAUACGUCAACGACGCCAGUACAAUGGACUGCUUUGAUGGCGCAAUGUUCCAUGUUGUUACCACGUGUAGGAAUUAUUUUCUAGGCCAUCAAAAGAGACAAUGUAAAUUUAUAAUAUACAAAUAGAAAACA